CAGUGACUAAAAGUUACAAAGGUGAAUGAUAGGUAAUGGAUUAGUUACGUGAAAUGCCAUAGAGUUGACGAUAAGAUUGAUGAGCAUAUACGAUAAAUAUGUGCACUCUAGUGGAAUUAUAUUUGUUAUAUUUCUUCAUCAUAAAAUUAUGAUAAUGUUUUAUAAAUUAAGCAAUGAUGAUAUCAAACAUGACUGAUUACAUGUUCUCUCACGUACGAUUGAAUAUUUAUUUAUGUUUUUAAAUAUCAAGCUGCUUUGAGAUUUAUCGUUGAUUUAUCGUGUGCAGACUAACAUUGGGUGUUUUUGAGUUCCAAUAAUCAAGUGAUCGACAAAGUUUAGUAUUGAAUUAAAUCAUGAUUCACUGGACAGUAAACCAAGGCAACCCGGGCUAGUGAGUAGGAAAAAAAAAAUAAAAAAAGACGGUGAAACAAAUAUUUCUCAAAAAUUGGCCAGCAAAUACAAGAUGGGUAAACAAACACCACAAACUCGUGGGUGGGGCUAGAUAAGAUUAAUAAUCUUUGAAUAGCCAUGUGGCGUAAGGAGCUCCUGAUGUGUUGGUGCCUUGCUAUGCUGUCGUCAUCACAAUCCCACACAGUUACAGAUUUAUCAACAAGGGAGCUCAUUACAACAUCAAGCACACCAUCAACGAAAGCAACAAAAGCAACGAAAGGAACAACAGCGAAACGCUCGAUGCCAACUGACUCACCGAUGUUGAACUACAUAUUUGAUAUUCACAGCACGCUAAAUAAACAUCAACAUCACAGAGAUAAUCGGUGGGGACCUCAAUUUGAGGGUGAAAGCCAGAAUGUCACUGCUCAAGCUGGUGCAACUGUAAUUUUAGACUGCAAAAUAUCUCUGCUACAAGGCAAAACUGUUUCAUGGAUACGAAGACAUGAAGAUGGUGAAAAGAUGACAUUACUCACGUAUGGUCAGCAAACGUACACUGGUGAUUCGCGUUACUCUGUUGAAUUUCAGUAUCCAGAUAAUUGGCGAUUAAAAAUUCGAAAUGUUAAUAGUAGUGACGAGGGUCAGUACGAGUGUCAAAUAAGCACUCAUCCACCAAAAAAUAUUUAUGUAAAUCUUCAUAUUAAUGCGCCUUCAGUGCAAAUAGUAGACGCUGCGGGUGACCCAUUGAGAGACAAAUACUAUGAAGCUGACAGUACUAUUGAAUUGUUGUGUGUUGUCCGACACAUGGCAAUGCAAGUUCAGUACAGCGUAGUUCAGUGGCUGCAUGGCAACCGGAUCUUAAACUACGACACAACCAGAGGGGGUAUUAGUGUAAAAACAGAUUUGAUGGAUGUUGGAGCCAACUCGACCCUGAGUAUAGCUAAAGUGGGACCAACUGACAGUGGUAAUUACACCUGUGUACUAACUACUAUGCCAGAUCAACCUGCGACUGUUCACGUUCACGUGCUUAACGGAGAAAGUCUAGCUGAGUUGCAUCAUGGCACAGCAAACAUGAUAAUAAAUAACACCAUCUAUUUUAUUAUUUUACUUGGGUUCAUCCUAAAUCAACUGCUUGUACUGAGAUGAAGAUACUCAUAAGAUACUCCUAUAACAAAAACAACAUUAAUUAUUAUUAUUAUUUAAAGAUGUUUAA